AUGCCUCCCAAAGGAGCCAGCACAGCCAAAGUACCCAUGCGGUUACCUCCGCUGCCGAGGUUGAGGGUAAGGAGACCGAAUCAAACUGAUUCGAAUCCAUGUUUGGCAAUUAUGACUUCUGUUCUCACGUGUUGGGCAUCAUCCGGAUUCAAUGUAGCAGGCUGUCAAUCCCUCGAAACGCAAUUGAGAGUUUGUAUGGAUGCGCCCAAAGCUGCAUCUCAGAAAAAGAACACGAUCAAUUACCAUCUAUCACGGAUGUAUCCCAAGAUUGUUGGACCGCGAAAGAAGAAGUGA